GUGGCGCUGGUGGCACUUCUGGCCUCCGAACACUCGAGGUCGCUGUGAUCUCUGCCUGGUCUUUAGGGCACUGGGAGUUCACCGCACAUGCGCACUCUGAGCUUUUUGCCAUCUCCACGUGAGAACUCUCUCAGGAACUUUUUCGAGGAAAAUGCCUAAAUUCAAGGCCACCCGUGGGGUUGGAAGUAAGGAAAAGCAUGCGCCGCUGGCCGACCAGAUUCUCGCUGAGGACUCCGUGCGGGCAGGGGCCCGAGAAAAGCGGCGGGGCCGCGGAACCGAAGAGGAGGAAGAGUACGUGGGGCCCCGGCUGAGCCGACGGAUUUUGCAGCAAGCGCGGCAGCAACAGGAGGAGCUCGAGGCAGAGCAUGGGACUGGGAAUAGGCCCGCAAAGCCUCCGGAGCGCGCCACGCGGCUGGGGCCAGGAGUGCCCCAGGAUGGAUCAGAUGAUGAGGAUGAGGAGUGGCCCACCCUGGAGAAGGCAGCCAAAAUGACAGGGGUAGACCACCAUGCGGAGGUGGUUGUGGACCCUGAGGAUGAACGUGCCAUUGAAAUGUUCAUGAAUAAGAACCCUCCUGCCAGGCGCACCCUAGCUGACAUCAUUAUGGAGAAGCUAACUGAGAAGCAGACCGAGGUCGAGACAGUCAUGUCAGAGGUGUCAGGCUUCCCUCUGCCCCAGCUGGACCCCCGGGUCCUGGAUGUCUACAAAGGGGUCCGUGAGGUCUUAUCCAAGUACCGCAGUGGGAAACUGCCCAAGGCUUUUAAGAUCAUCCCUGCCCUCUCCAACUGGGAGCAGAUCCUCUACGUCACAGAGCCUGAGGCCUGGACUGCAGCUGCCAUGUACCAAGCUACCAGGAUUUUUGCCUCUAACCUGAAGGAACGCAUGGCUCAACGUUUCUACAACCUUGUCCUGCUCCCCCGGGUACGAGAUGACAUCGCCGAAUACAAACGACUCAACUUCCAUCUCUACAUGGCGCUCAAGAAGGCCCUGUUCAAGCCCGGAGCCUGGUUCAAAGGGAUCCUGAUCCCACUGUGUGAGUCAGGCACUUGCACCCUCCGGGAAGCCAUCAUCGUGGGUAGCAUCAUCACCAAGUGCUCCAUUCCUGUGCUGCACUCCAGUGCGGCCAUGCUGAAAAUUGCUGAGAUGGAAUACAGCGGUGCCAACAGCAUCUUCCUGAGACUACUGCUAGAUAAGAAGUAUGCGCUGCCCUACCGGGUGCUGGAUGCCCUGGUCUUCCACUUCCUAAGGUUCCGGACAGAGAAGCGUGAGCUGCCUGUGCUCUGGCACCAGUGCCUCCUGACACUGGUCCAGCGCUACAAGGCGGACUUGGCCACAGAUCAGAAAGAUGCCCUCCUGGAACUGCUCCGGCUACAGCCCCACCCACAACUGUCCCCUGAAAUCAGGCGAGAGCUUCAGAGUGCAGUUCCCAGAGAUGUGGAAGAUGUAUCCGUUACCAUGGAGUGAAGAGAAUGGAUACAUGUCAUGGCCCAGAUGGCAUGGGAGGACACCAGGACCCUUGUUUGUGAUGAAGCACAACAUUGAACCUUUAUGGCUAAAGACCUAGAUCAGAACACUAAUAGGUCCCAGCAGCAUCUGUGGUUCCCAGUCCUAAGCAGGGGGGACAGAGUCUGGCUGGCUCCCUCUUCCAUUCUAGGCCUCCAUCCCUGCUUGCCUCUGGGCCUGCCUUGAGAUUCCACACCCUAGCAUCUCACUCCCUAGCUGGGGCAUGAUAUAAGUACCUUCUCUCCAGCUUCUGUGUCAAGUCACUGAGACAUGGCUAAAAACAAAGGCAAGUAUUUAUUGAACCUC